AUGGUCAAUAAUAGACAAAAAUCAACAGUAUCUUCUUUAAAAUGGUCAAAUGAUGGAAUGAAAAUUGCUAUUGCUUAUGAAGAUGGACAAGUAAUUAUUGGCUCAGUAGAUGGAAAUCGUCUUUGGAAUAAAGAUAUUGGUGGAUCUCUGACUAAAAUUGCAUGGAAUACUGACGAUACACUUUUAUUACUUGGGUUUGCUGAUGGCGAAGUUCAUGCAUAUAGUCAAUAUGGCGAUUUUGUUAGUAAAGUUAAAAUGCUUUGUGUUGAAAAUAUGGAAUUAGAGACAGCACUUUCAAAUCUCAGAAAAGAUGUAAUUGUUUCUAUGGAAUGGUAUGUACCUCCACACUCAAGUAAAAUUGUUACUAAUGUUGGUGGUGGCCAAUCUUUAACACAACAAUAUAGAAAUGCUGAUACUUCAUAUAAUCUAACUGGUGAUGAAUCUUAUAAUGCAGCCUCUCGCUUAAAAGUUCCCGAAGGAAGGCCUCCUUUCCUUGUUGCCUAUCAAAAUGGAAAUAUUCAAUUAAUGUGUGUAAGUAUUGUCCGUUUACCUUCAACUUUAAUAAUUAUGGCACAAUGGUCACCAGAUGGGUCAAUGUUUGCCGUUGCUGGAUUACAAUUAGAUUUACCAGAAACUGAAAGAAAUGUGUUACAUUUUAUUUCUGCUUAUGGAGAACGUCUCCAAAGCAUUCGUUUGGCUCCUGGCCAUUUUGCCGGGAUUGCUUGGGAAAGUUCUGGCCAUAGACUUGGUGCACUUAUUGACACAAAUAUUUAUUUAGUUGUUAUUAAAUUCCCUUAUCGUUGGACUUAUUGUGGACAAACUCUAGUUUUUGCUUAUAAAACCUUGGAUUCUUUACAAGAAGUAUUAGUAUUUUAUGAAACAAAAAUGGAAGUAAAAACUAAACGUUAUGUUCAAAAUCUUUGUUCACUUAAAUCUUAUGGAGAUUAUUGUGUGACAAUUUUUAGAACAGAGGAAUUACGAGGAGCGUUUACAAUGCAACUUUGUGACAGUAUUGGGACACCAGUAGAUAGCCAUACAACUAACGUUCCUUGCAACGUUGUUGCUAUGAAUGCUAGUGUUGUAAUUGUUGCCUCUACAGAAUCUUUUAUUGUUUGGCAUUAUUCUGUUCCACGUCAAGAAAAUACAGUCUCUACAGGAUUUCAGAAAUCUGGAAAUACAAAUAGAAAUAUUCCCACAGACCAGAAUGACAAAGUUCAUUAUAUAGAUGAACAUCGUACAGAAAAGCAGCAACAACCAACUAAUGGGGUAACUACAGAUCCCAUUUGUGCUAUAGCUGCUUCAGCUAAUUUCUUUUUAAUUGCCUGCGAAUCAGGAAUACUUUAUCGUUUUUCACUACCUAAUGUCCAAUUACAAUCAACAUUUAAGUCAAACAUUCCAGCUCCAAAAUUAAUGACAAUUAAUUGUGAUGGUUCUAGAUUAGCUUUAAUAGGCAAAUAUAAUGUUUUACGUUUAAUUGAUUUACCCAAAGAAAAUAUAUUUACACCAAUUUUGACUUUUGAAAGAAGGGAAGUUUGGAGUGUUGAAUGGGAUGAUGCUAAAAAUGAUUUAUUGGCAUUAAUGGAAAAACAAAGACUUGUAAUUGUUAGAGGAACUGAAACAGAUGAACCAAUUCCUCAUAUUGGACGUAUUUGCCAAUUUAAAGAUUUGGUUGUACGCCUAGUUCUGCUUGAUGACAUUUUUAAAGAACCCGAUCGUGUUAGUCGUCACUCUUUUGUUGAAAUUGAAAUAAAGAUACUUAAAACAAUAAAAUCAACACUCGAAUCUGACAAAUUACAAGACGCAAUUGCUCUUAUUGAGAAAGGAAAUCAUCCAAAACUUUGGAAUAUUUUGGCAAAAGACGCCCUUAAAAGGCUUGACCUUCACACAGCAGAACACGCAUUUGUUAAAUUACAAGAUUAUGGGGGAAUACUUUUCCUUAAAAGAUUACAAAAUAUUCACUCUGAUUCUUUAAAAAGAGCUGAAGUUUCUGUUUUUCUUGGUGAUUUGGAAACGGCGGAAAAAAUUUAUUUUGAAAAUGAUAGAAGAGAUUUGGCUAUUGAUAUGUUAAAGAAAAUGCAUGAUUGGUUCCGAAUUCAACAAAUUUUACAAACAUCAAAUGGACCUGGAGAUGAUGCCUUGGCACAACAAACAUGGCAACAUGUUGGGGACUAUUUUGCUGAAAGACAGAAAUGGCAAAGUGCCGCUCGUUAUUACGAACAAUCUCGAAGUUACUCAGAAUUAGCACGUUGUUAUUUAAUGAUGGAUGAUUUCGCUCGAAUGGAAACACUUGGACAGGAAUUACCUGAAGGCCAUGAAGUAUUAAAUCAAUUGGCUGAAACAUUUACUAGCUAUGGACUUUGUGAACAAGCUGUAGAUUGUUAUUUAAAAUGUAAUCGAAUAAGCGAUGCUUUCGAAACUUGUAUUAAAUUAAAUAAAUGGGAUCGAGCUGCUGAACUUUCUGAUCGUUAUCAUCUUGCUAAUGUUGAGAAUCUACUUAAUCAAUAUGCACAUCAAAUUGUGGGGAAUAAAACAAAAAAUUUGGCUAUCGCUCAACUUUAUUCAAAAGCGGCGAAAUAUUUGAAGGCUGCAAAAAUUGUUUAUGAGGUAGCAAAUUCAGAACAUCAAAAACAAGCACCCCCUCUUCGUUUAAAAAAACUUUAUGUAAUGGGGGCUCUUUUAGUUGAAGAAUAUUAUGAACAAAACCGUCAAAAAAUUGCAAAAAGGAAAGAAGAAAGUGGAGGGUCUUCAUCAUUAGCUUUAGAUGGUCUUUUAGCUAGUGAUCAAAAUUUAAGUAUGGAAGAGGUUAGAAUGAUAGAUACUUCUUGGAGGGGAGCGGAAGCUUAUCAUUUUUUUAUGUUAGCCCACUCACAUUUAUAUAAGAGUGAUUAUGUAUCGGCAGUCAAAACAGCUUUAACCCUUACAAAUUAUGAAGAUUUAUUAGAUCCUAUGGAAGUUUAUUCUUUAUUAGAAGCAAUGCAGAAUAUUUCAAAAGAAGAACAAGAAGUUUAUGCUAGUUUAGCUAUGCAAAUAUUUUUAAAAAAUGAGCCGAAAGAUCAACGUGUUAAUUAUGUAGAAUGCCCCAAUUGUGAUGCAAAAAUUGAAGAACAUUCAAUUGUUUGCCCCAAUCUAAAAUGUAAUAAUCGCCCUCCUAUUUGUGUGGCUACUGGCCGUCCAAUACUUGAAGCACAAUUUUGGAUAUGCAAAAAAUGCAAACAUAGGGCUUAUCAAAAAGAAAUUAAUUCUUAUAUUAAUUGUCCUCUUUGCCAUAAUGAUUUUAAUAAAUAA